AAACUAGAAAUCUCGCGGGAGCCAAACCCUCCACGCGCCUAUAAAUAGCUACCAUCUUCUACCCUUUCUCGUUAUUCAAUUCUGUUUUGUUCUGCGAUUCUUGGCUUGAUCGAUCAAUCAACAACGCAAUGGACGCUUUCACUUCAUUCUUCGAUUCCCAAUCUUCUUCAACAAGCCAUCGCUGGAGUUACGAUUCUCUCAAAAACUUCCGCGAGAUUUCUCCGAUCGUUCAGAAUCACAUCAAGCAGGUUUAUUUUACGCUAUGUGUCGCUGUGGCUGCUUCUGCUGUUGGUGUGUACCUUCAUGUGCUGUGGAACAUUGGAGGUUUUCUCACUACGGUGGCGUCCAUUGGAAGCAUGAUUUGGUUUCUUUCCACGCCUCCUUCUGAAGAGCGGAAGAGGGUGUCUCUGUUGUUGUCUUCGGCAAUGUUUCAGGGUGCUUCCAUUGGGCCUUUGAUUGAUGUGGCUCUUGCCAUUGAUCCUAGCGUUAUCUUCAGCGCAUUUGUGGCAACUUCCUUGGCCUUUGCCUGUUUCUCAGCGGCAGCUUUGGUUGCAAGGCGUAGGGAAUACCUCUACCUUGGUGGCUUGCUCUCUUCUGGGUUGUCUAUUCUCAUGUGGCUGCACUUUGCUUCCUCUGUCUUUGGGGGUUCAACAGCACUUUUUAAGUUUGAGUUGUAUUUUGGGCUUUUGGUGUUCGUUGGCUACAUUAUAGUAGACACCCAAGAAAUAAUAGAGAGGGCUCACUUUGGUGACUUGGAUUAUGUGAAGCAUGCAUUGACCCUGUUCACUGAUUUGGCUGCAAUUUUUGUGCGGAUUCUCAUUAUAAUGUUGAAGAAUUCAGCUGAGAAAAAUGAGAGUAAGAAGAAGAGGAGGGAUUGAUAUGUUCCGACAUGGCUUGAGCUUCUCUUCUGUAAUUCUGUUCAUUAAUGUAGUUUGUGGAUGAUACAUAAAUGGCUAUGUAUGAAGUUUUUCUCCUGUUUGAAUCGCAUGCCGUUGCUUGGGUAUCCACUCUAUACCAAUGGUAGAUAGGCAGUUGAGCUUCUUCAUAUGCAUACUCUAAUGAUCAGUAAUCAGUCCUAUAGUAAGAAACAAUUUCUGUGUAAGCGGCAUGUCAAUGGCCAUUUUCUCACUUUUCUUGUCA